CGGAUCAAUCCCCGGUGUGACCCCGGUUCCCCCCUAUGGCCCCCCUGGUGCUGGCGCUGCUGGCGCUGCUGGCGCUGGGAUCUGGGCAGGAUGGAGGCAUGGUGUGGCUGCCUGGGGGCACGUUUCAGAUGGGAUCCAGCUCCCUGGAGAAGAGGAACGAAGAGAUGCCUGUCCGGGAGGUGACAGUGAAUCCAUUCUCUGUUGACAAAUAUCCUGUCACAAACAGGGAUUUCAGGGAGUUUGUGAGAGACAAGAAAUACAAAACAGAAGCGGAAGUGUUUGGCUGGAGCUUUGUCUUUGAGGAUUUUGUAUCUGAAGAGCUGAAAAAAAGAGUCACCCAAAAACUGGAGUCUGCCCCGUGGUGGUUGCCCAUCGAGAAGGCUUUUUGGAGGCAGCCCUCAGGUCCUGGCUCCAGCAUUAAGGACAGGCUGGAUUACCCAGUGCUGCACGUGAGCUGGAACGAUGCUCAGGCGUUCUGCAAGUGGAAAGGGAAGAGGCUCCUGACAGAAGAGGAGUGGGAAUUUGCUGCCAGGGGAGGACUGGAACAAAGGGUGUAUCCCUGGGGAAACAAGUUUCAGCUGAACCGUACAAACCUGUGGCAGGGUGAUUUCCCAAGGGAGGACACAGCUGAGGACGGUUAUCACGGCGUCUCACCCGUGGCAGCAUUCCCACCUCAGAACAACUAUGGGAUCUAUGACCUGCUGGGAAACACCUGGGAAUGGACUGCAUCAGAGUACCUGGCCCCAGGGCUCUCAUCAAGGCAGCGUGCCCAGAAAAUUCAUGUCCUGAGAGGUGCCUCCUGGAUUGACACUGCAGAUGGAGCUGCAAAUCACAAAGCUCGUGUGACUACCAGAAUGGGGAACACACCAGACUCAGCCUCUGACAACCUCAGCUUCCGCUGUGCUGCCGACACCCUGCCCGUCGGGGCUGAGAAAAGCUGGAUCAAACCUGACCUCUGAAGGUCACUUGAGAAGACCUGAAGGCAUUUUCUCCUGUGGAGAUGAACAGUAACCCCCAGCAGCCACUUUUGUUAAACCUAGGCAGUUUUUAAAAUUUAUAAAAAUAAAUACUUUCAGCUAAAA